UCCUCCCCCAGAUCUCCUCCCUUUCUUGUCUCCCUUUCCUCUCCUUUUUCUGCUUCUUGCAGUUCUCCCUUCCCUUUACAAUAUUCCCCUCUUGCAAUAUAAAUACACAUAUUCUUCCAUUGCUCGUUUUGUCCUCCUUUCCUUCCCUAGAUCUCCUCCCUUUCUUAUCUCUCUCUCCCACUUAUUUUCUUCUUCUUCUUGCACAUUUUUAUCUCUUUCUCCUCACCUCUGUUUCCUCCCUCUUGCUCUCUUCUCACAAGCUUUGAAAAAUAAAAUAUAAUAAUAAUAAUAAUUGUUUUGCUCCAUUGCUCAUUUUUCUCCUGCUGUCCUCCCCCAGAUCUCCUCCCUUUCUUCUCUCCCUUUCCUCUCCCUUUUCUACUUCUUGCAGUUCUCCCUUCCCUUUACAAUAUUUUCCUCUUGCAAUAUAAAUACACAUAUUCUUCCAUUGCUCGUUUUCCCCUGCUUUCCUUCCCUAGAUCUCCUCCCUUUCUUAUCUCUCCCACUUAUCUGCUUCUUGCACAUUUUUAUCUCCUUCUCCCCACCUCUAUUUCUCCCUCUUGCACUCUUCUCAUAGAAAAAUAAUAUAUAAUACAAUAUUAUUUUGCUCUGUUGCUCAUUUUCUCCUGAUUUCCUGCCCUAGAUCCUCUCCCUUUCUUAUCUCCCACUUAUUUUCUUCUUCUUCCACAUUUUUAUCUCUUUCUCUCCAUCUAGGUUUCUCCCUCUUCUCACAGCCUUUGAAAAAUAAUAUAUAAUACAAUAUUGUUUUACUCCAUAGCUCAUUUUCUCCGGAUUUCCUCCCCUAGAACUCCUCCCUUUCUUAUCUCUCCCUCCCACUUAUUUUCUUCUUCUUGCACAUUUUAUCACUUUCUCCCCUUCUCUGUUUUCUCCCACUUGCGCUCUUCUCACAGCCUUUGAAAAAUAAUAUAUAAUACAAUAUUGUUUUGCUCCAUUGCUCAUAUUUUCUCCUGAUUUUCUCCCCUAGAUCUUUUUAUAUCUCUCUCCCACAUACUUUCUUCUUGCACAUUUUUUAUCACUUUCUUCCUGUCACAUUCUCCUUCUUGGUUUCUCCCUCAUGCAGUCUUCUCACAGGCUUUGAAAAAUAAUAUACAAUAUUUGUUUUGCUCCAUUGCUCAUUUUCUCCUGAUUUCCUCCCCUAGAUCCCUUCCCUAUCUUCCAUUUAUUUUCUUCUUCCACAUUUUUAUCGCUUUCUCCCCGUCUUGGUUUUUCCCUCUUCUUGUAGAAAAAUAAUAUAUAAUACAAUAUUAUUUUUCUCGAUUGCUCAUUUUCUCCUGAUUUCCUCCCCUAGAUCGCCUCUUUCUUAUCUCCCUCUCCCACUUAUUUCUUUUUCUUCCACAUUUUCAUUGCUUUCUCCCCUUCUCGGUUUUUCCCUCUUGCACUAUUCUCACAGGCUUAGAAAAAGAAUAUAUAAUAUAAUAUAUUGUUUUGUCCCAUUGCUCAUUUUCACUUGCUUUUCCUCCUGCAUUCUCUCCUCCUUUUAAGUACUCUUUCAUUUCACUCCUCUCAAGUUCCUCUCCUCCGUUCUUUUUCUUCUUACAUGCUUUUUUAAAGGCAGGAUUUCCCACUCCUUUAAAAAAACUUUUUUUCGCAUCCCUGAAUGCAUUGCAUCCUUCAUUUCCCUUUCAUGCUCUUUCCAUAACUUAGACAUUCUUCGCUUCGUAAAAUCUCUGAGAAGCAUCUCCUCAAGUAUUUUCUUCCCUCUUUUCAUGCAUUUUAAUUGUUUCCCAUUUAUAAAAUUGUUUCCUUCUUCUGUUUUUGCAUUUUCCAUCUAGUUCUGUUUGUAGUUUUUCAUCUCUUUUGCAUUGUCUCUGUUUCCUCCAGUUUACUCCCUUUAUAUUCUGUGACAUUUGGUUUCUCAUUUCUGUUUUUUUGUCGCCUGAUCACAUUCUAAAUUAACAUAAUUUCUUUUUGUACUUGUUUCCCUCUAUGUUCCUUUUCCCUCCUGUUUCUUUGGUCCUCUGUUGGGUUUUUAAAAGAUUGUUUCUGUGAACUGAUUGCUUCUUAUCCACAUUCCUUUUUUUGUACUUCAUUCUUCUGUUCACGUUACUUGACUAUCCUGUUUCUUUCAGCUCCAUCAUUUUCCGUAAUUUUUCUCAGUCACCCAGUGUUAUCUGCUUUCAUCUUUGGUUUUAAGUUAUUUCAUUUCUGCCCUUCUAAAUAUUCCUGCAACCCGCUUACUCCUUGCCCUCAGUAACUUGUAUUGCCCGACUUCUCACCUCCCACACACUACUUUUUAAAAGAAGUAUUUCCUGUCAGUCUUAUUCUGUUUUACUUGCUCCUCUUUUCCAGUUUCUUUCUUUCUUUCUUCCCAUUGAUCUGGUCUUUUCUCAUAUUCUUCUUUCUGUCCUUUUUGGACAUAUCCUCUCCCCCACUGACUUAACAUUCUUUGCUUUCAUUAGUCACUUUCUAUUCCCUUCCACGGGAAAUUGCUUACAUCCAUCCAAGCUUAAUAUUAAAGGUGAAUGGAUGUAUACACAGCACAGAGUGGAGAAGACUUGUAGAAGCCCUUAAGGGACCUUCUUACACAUUUUGAAAAGAUAAAUGAAAAGAAUGUGGGAAUGGAAGGGGUGGAGUUGUCAGUAUUCCUAACAUUUUCUAGGGGGGUGCAUUCACAUCCUUUUUCUAGGGGGGACGGGGACUGACUUGAAUUCAAGACUGGCACAGAAAAAGCAGAAAGAUGGCAUUCUAGUACCAACUACAUCAGCCAUCUUGGGGGGAAGGGGAAUUUAUUGCAUGCUCACACUCACACACGCAGAAGCCUCAAUUUUUAGUGACUUAAUGAAGACGUAAAAGACCUGUUGAGCUCCAUGUUUGCAAAGGUGGGCAACUUGCUUGUGAAAGUAUAGCAGACCUUCAUUUUUGUGGCCAAAUGACAGCUUGACCCAGUUGUUCUCCAACCAGAGGGCAUCAUCUUGAAUGUCUUUGUGUAGUGCCACAACCGGCGCAAAAAUGAUGGCGGCUUACAAUGGCGGUACAUCCGCCGCCGCAGCAGGUCACCACCACCACCAUCACCACCACCUCGCCCACCUCCCUCCUCCUCAUCUCCAUCACCACCACCAUUCCCAGCACCACUUGCACCCAGGCUCUGCGGCUGCAGUGCAUCCUGUGCAGCAACAUGCUUCCUCAGCGGCUGCGGCGGCCGCUGCGGCUGCGGCAGCUGCAGCCAUGUUAAAUCCAGGCCAGCAGCAGCCAUAUUUCCCGUCACCGGCACCAGGUCAGGCUCCUGGGCCAGCUGCAGCAGCCCCAGCUCAGGUACAAGCUGCAGCAGCGGCUGCAGUUAAAGCGCAUCAUCAUCAGCACGCGCAUCACCCGCAGCAGCAACUGGAUAUUGAGCCAGACCGGCCUAUUGGAUAUGGAGCCUUUGGUGUCGUCUGGUCAGUCACAGAUCCACGAGAUGGAAAGAGAGUUGCACUCAAAAAGAUGCCCAACGUCUUCCAAAAUCUGGUCUCUUGCAAAAGGGUCUUCCGUGAACUGAAGAUGUUGUGUUUUUUUAAGCAUGACAAUGUACUCUCUGCUCUUGACAUUCUUCAGCCACCACACAUUGACUACUUUGAAGAAAUAUAUGUUGUUACAGAAUUGAUGCAGAGUGACCUUCAUAAGAUUAUCGUCUCUCCUCAACCACUCAGUUCAGAUCAUGUCAAAGUUUUCCUUUACCAGAUUUUAAGAGGUCUGAAAUACCUACAUUCUGCUGGUAUUUUGCAUCGAGACAUUAAACCAGGGAAUCUGCUUGUGAACAGCAACUGUGUUCUUAAGAUCUGUGAUUUUGGGUUGGCCCGGGUGGAAGAGUUAGACGAAUCGCGUCACAUGACUCAGGAAGUCGUCACUCAGUAUUACCGAGCCCCCGAAAUACUGAUGGGCAGCCGCCACUACAGCAAUGCUAUUGACAUUUGGUCUGUGGGCUGUAUAUUUGCUGAAUUGCUAGGGCGACGAAUACUGUUUCAAGCUCAGAGUCCCAUUCAGCAGUUGGAUUUGAUCACAGAUCUUCUGGGAACACCGUCACUGGAAGCGAUGAGGACGGCUUGUGAAGGCGCCAAGGCACACAUACUCAGGGGUCCUCAUAAACAGCCAUCCCUUCCUGUCCUGUACACAUUAUCAAGUCAAGCUACACAUGAAGCCGUUCAUCUCCUUUGUAGGAUGUUGGUCUUCGAUCCAUCCAAGCGAAUAUCUGCUAAGGAUGCCUUAGCUCAUCCAUAUCUGGACGAAGGGCGUUUGCGAUAUCACACCUGCAUGUGUAAAUGUUGCUUCUCCACCUCGACUGGACGUGUUUACACUAACGAUUUUGAACCUGUCACGAACCCCAAAUUCGACGAUACGUUUGAAAAGAACCUCAGUUCUGUUCGGCAGGUGAAAGAAAUAAUUCAUCAGUUCAUUUUGGAACAGCAGAAAGGAAGCAGAGUCCCGCUGUGCAUCAACCCACAAUCUGCUGCUUUUAAGAGCUUUAUUAGGUAACUUUCCACUGUUGCCCAGCCGUCCGAGAUGCCGCCGUCUCCACUGGUCUGGGAGUAAACAUGGACGAUAUAUUGUACUACUGAAGACAUAAUGUAGCUUUCCACUGGAUUCUGGGAUUUGCAAUUCUGGAGGUUUAAUCAUGCUUGUACUGUACUUUUACUAAUGAAGUUUGUAAAUUAACAACCACUAUUUCCUUGUACGAUACGAGAGGUAGGAGAAAAAUGAGACUAGGCUUUUAAAAAAAUCUUUGUCAAGGUUGGGGUUGUGCUUUUAGAAGACGGAAAACAAAAAUUAUCCGGAGUUGCACAUGUUUUGUUUUCGCCACCCACGAAUUGUAGCGCGGCUGCGAUCUUGGAGAGGAGGAAGAAGAAGGAACCAAAUUGAGAGGAAAGUUGCUGGUUUGUUUGGUUUUUUUAUCCUUGUUUGGAGUUUCUGGGGUUUGCUUUCCUUUCCUUUUCCACCCUUCGACUUGACAGCGAGGUUGUUUCAAGGCAGAAGGUGGUUUGAUAUGAUACCAAUCCAUUCCUGAAGAUUUGGGGUUGUUUUUUGAAACCAAAAAAUAUUAAAAAAUGAGGGGAGUGUAAACACAACUGUGACCAAUCUUGAUGCUCCAUCAGAGGGCACUGGCCAAUCUCUGGUCAUUGCCGCCUGAUGGUCCCGCCUCUUUGCGUCACUUUAGUGGUGAUUAAGUGACGACACGAGUAGAAAGAAUGAGCGGUGACCGCCGCCUGGUAUAAAUAAAUAUAUAUAAAUAUAUAUAUAUUUAAUCUAUUUUUAUUAGAGGUUUUUUCUGCUCUUUUCUUACAUAAACCAUCUCCCUCCCCCUCCGCAUGCACCUGCAAAAUGUGUGUAAAUAAAUCCAUUUCUGGGCUACGAUUUCCAAGAAUCUUGAUCUUCAUUGCUGUGUAUAGAGAGAGAGAGACCGAGAGAGUAGCUUGCACAUUUUUUUUUUUAGAUCUAUCUGUGAAACUUUGUGAUUUUAAUUAUAUUUUUUGAAAAUCCUGCACUGGACAGUUGGGUGAAAACGACAAGUGGAGAAGGGGGGGAAAAAGCACAUAGGGAAUUACGUUUAAUUGUAUUUGUGUCGCUAGGCAAAGCCGUGGAAGUCUUGAAAUGUCGGAGUAGUAAAUAACUUUUAUUACGUUUUGUUUUGUUUUAUUUUAUGCUAAUUUCUUCUCUUUGUGUUAUUCUUCUGUUCAAACACUGAAUUAUUCUGUGCAUAUGUAUAUAUAUAUAUGAACACAAAAUUGAAAGGCCGCUACCUCCUGGAGUAUACAACUUGGUUUGUUUACCUCCACAUGAAUUUUUUUUUAAAGUCCAGUGUGGAGACUUGAAACUUGAAUGUCCCUUCCAACUUUUAUAUUAAAACAAAGGCAAGAAAAACUGAAGACUGUUUUUUCACCUGUACAAAGAAAAUAACGAAUGAAUGGUCUUAAAAAUUUUUUUUUGAACCUUGGUCUGGGAUAUUUAAAAAUAAAAUAAAAUAUUGAGAGCGAUUGCGAGAUUGCGAGAGACUGAGAGAGCGAGAAACCUUGGUGUUUGUCAUGGACAAUUAACUGUUAAAGUUAUUGUAAGUUAUCUGUAUUUAGCAGAGUAUUUUCGAGAGGCGUGAUCUGAGCUGGAACUGAAACUAUUGAGUUAAGUUAUGUUUUUUGGAAGUUUUAACUUCAAUGAAGUCAUUAUUUUGAUGUGAACGAGACGAGCGUCGAAUUUCUCAAACAAAGAUGCCAAAAUAUCUUUGUUUUUUUGUGUGGCUCCUGAGGGAUUUUUUUUAUUAAAAAAAAUGGAAAACCAACUGAAGCAUUUCAACUCACUCGAAUGAGAAACGUGUCCUUAACUUAAAAAUAAAUAAAUAAAACGAGCCCAAGAAGACAGUGGUAUGAAAGGUAAAAUCUCAGAGGUUGGUCUGUUAAAUGUGGCACACUUGCGGGUCACUUUGUACAAUGUAGAUUUUGAAGUACAGUGGUGAAAACAUUAAAUGUGACAUUUGAAACAAGAAA